GCCGCCGCCGCCGCCGCCGCUGCCGCCGCCAGCGUGCCGCCCGCGCAGCACGUCCACAUGGAGUGGCUGGCGCGAGCUUCGCUGCUCUACCCGCGCAUCCCCGACCUCACAGGAUGCGGCGGGCCGCAGCACGCACUGCUGGGGAAGACGCGCCGGCCGCGCACCGCCUUCACGUCGCAGCAGCUGCUGGAGCUGGAGAAGCAGUUCCGCCAGAACAAGUACCUGUCCAGGCCCAAGCGCUUCGAGGUCGCGACCAACCUCAUGCUCACCGAGACGCAGGUGAAGAUCUGGUUCCAAAACCGGCGCAUGAAGUGGAAGCGCAGCAAGAAGGCGCAGCAGGAGGCGAAGCUGAAGGAAGAGUGCGAGAAGCGGAAGGCGGAGCCCGAGAGCGGCGGCGGCGGCGGAGGGGGCCGCAGACCCUACUCCAGAUCUAAGACUAUCACGGUGGAUCCUCCUCAUGUAACAAUCAACCAGUUGUAA